AUGUCCAUUAAUACAGACGACUACUCACCGGCGGAAACCCUAAUUACCUUCGACCACCCAAUACCUCUCAUCCGACGACCCAUACCAGCCGGAACCGGAAUCGGAAUAGACGAUUCCGUCGUCCUCGGUUUCAAAGACCCUCAAUCUUGGGCAUCCGCAUACAAAUCGUGUGAGUCAAAUAUCAUACAACAAUGCGAGGCCGGUGUUCGGAUCGGUUGCUCCGUGAGCGCGUCCAGCAAAUGCGCCCCGCCAUGGUGGAAAUCUCUAAUCGGCGGUGGUGUAUCCAAAGAAGAAUUAAUCGAGAGAGAAAAGUGCGAAGAACGAGAAAUGGCGGAAUGUUUCGAAACUUCGAGAAUGAAUUGUCGUAAAUUUGCGGAAGAUAAGUGUUUGCCGGCGUUUAGAGAUGCUCGAGUCAUGGUGAAAGCUGGUAGUGGUGAUGAAGAAGUGAAGAAAUGUGUGUCGGAGUUGAUUGGUAGGGUUUGUAUGGGGGAAAAUCAAAAGAGGGUUGGUGGUGUUGAAUUGUGGACAUUGAAAGGUUCUUGGACAGAAUUCAAAUCUAGAAUUGGAUUUACGAUUCUUAGAGGAAGUGAUCUGCUUGAGAAGCAGUUCUGA